CGUACAGUUGGAGUCAGUGACACCAACACUGAGCUGUAAAACCGCAACUUUCCCGGUGCAAGAUAACCGCUUUGUCGUUGUCGGACCUUUCGUUGCUCGUUCGUUCAAGGAGAGGAGGAUAUCAGCAAACAAACAACAAAAAAAAAACUUCUUUCCGCUCAUCGCUGAAACAGAGUAAAGGAGACAUCGAAGCAAGAUGCUGUGUCCUUGGAGCUUCCUGCAAAGACCCAGGUACAGGGGCAAAUAUGAACCCGGGCCGAAACCAGCAGCGGACCUGAACAAUAAUGAAAUCGACACCAGCAAAGAGAAAAGCCUUAUGAAUGGGCACAUUCCGAACUUUAAGACCGACAGCGCAGGCUCUGAGCCGCUUCCCAUGAAAGGACCCAUGCGUUGUCCUUAUGCCCCAAAGUUUGUGAAACUGACCAACAUGGAGAAUGGGAGCAUCCUGCAGGAUACCCUGCAUCAGAAAGCAGUCAAGAACAUGCCAUGCCAAUCUUCCACCUGCAAAGGCUCUGUAAUGACUCCGAAAGCCAUGACCAGACAAACCCGAGAUAAGCCCGUACCACCAGAGGAAAUCCUGCCUCAGGCUAUUGACUUCAUCAAGCAAUAUUAUGAAUCCUUCAAAAGCCCCAGAACCGAGGAACACCUGACCCGAAUCGAGGAGGUUACCAAAAGCAUCACGGAGACAGGCACAUACGAUCUGACCUAUGAGGAGCUGGUGUUCGCAUCCAAGCAAGCCUGGCGCAAUGCCCCUCGGUGCAUUGGCCGUAUCCAAUGGUCUAACCUCCAUGUGUUUGACGCUCGGAAAUGCACCACUGCGAAGGAGAUGUUUGAACACAUGUGCACCCACAUAAAGUAUGCAACCAAUGAUGGAAAUUUAAGAUCCACCAUCACCGUCUUCCCUCAAAGGACUGACGGAAAACAUGACUUCAGAAUAUGGAACAGCCAGAUGGUCCGUUAUGCAGGGUACCAGUUGCCUGAUGGCUCUAUCAUUGGAGAUCCAGCUGGAGUUGCAUUCACACAGGUGUGCAUUGACCUUGGCUGGACCCCCCGCUUUGGACGCUUUGAUGUGCUUCCUUUAGUCAUUCAGGCCAAUGGUCAGGAUCCAGAAAUAUUUGAAUUUCCACCAGAGCUCAUCCUUGAAGUAGAAAUUGAGCAUCCAAAGUUUGAUUGGUUUAAGGAAAUGGGUCUCAGGUGGUAUGUUCUGCCUGCUGUGGCCAAUAUGCUGCUCGAAGUUGGAGGUCUGGAGUUUCCUGGUUGCCCUUUCAAUGGCUGGUAUAUGAGCUCUGAGAUUGGUGUUCGAGACUUCUGUGAUGUUCAGCGAUACAACGUACUAGAGGAUCUUGGAAAGAGGAUGGGAUUAGAAACAAACAAUCUGGCGUCUCUGUGGAAAGACCAAGCAUUGGUGGAGAUCAACGUUGCUGUGCUCCACAGCUUCCAGAAAAAGAAUGUGACGAUUAUGGACCACCACACGGCUGCAGAGUCCUUCAUGAAGCACAUGGAGAAUGAGUUCCGGCUCCGAGGAGGCUGCCCCGGGGACUGGGUCUGGCUUGUCCCACCCAUCUCUGGAAGCAUCACUCGAGUGUUCCAUCAGGAGAUUCUGAACUACAUCCUCAGCCCCUUCUUUUAUUAUCAGGUUGAUGCAUGGAAGACACACAUCUGGCAUGAUGAAAGCAAGAGACCAAAGAAAAAUGAGAUCAAAUUCAAACAUCUAGCAAUGGCGGCGCUGUUCAGCUCUGUUCUGAUGCGAAAGACCAUGAUGAAAAGGACAAAGGCUACAAUCCUGUACGCAACAGAAACCGGAAAGUCCGAAACCUUUGCCAAAAAGCUGCGCACCUUGUUCAAUGGCGCCUUCAACGUCAAGGUUGUCUGCAUGGAUGACUAUGAUCUGAAUGACCUGAGUCAGGAGUCACUGGUCUUGGUGGUGACAAGUACCUUUGGAAAUGGAGAUUCACCAGGAAAUGGAGAGGUGUUUAAGAAAUCCUUGUUUACAAAGAAGCCAUUGAAACCAUAUAAAUUCAGCUAUGCCAUCUUUGGACUUGGCUCCCGCAUGUACCCACAGUUCUGUGCAUUCGCCCACACCCUCGAUAAGAAGCUGGCACAGCUCGGGGCAACUCAGUUGGCCCUGACAGGAGAAGGCGAUGAACUCGGUGGCCAGGAGGAAUCCUUUGUCGACUGGGCCAUCACCACUUUCAAGACGGCCUGUAAAGCCUUCCACGUGCGUGGGAAGGUGGAGCUGGGUCAAUUCAAAUCAGCAACCAAGAGUGACGUGUGGGAUCCCAGCCGCUACAGAUUCGCAACAGAGACAAGGCCUCUGGACCUGUGUGCAGCUCUUUCCAAAAUGCAAGGAAAGAAAAUUCUGCCGAUGAAGUUCAAGCAGAAGAAGGAUCUGCAGAGCUCCAAGUCCAGCCGAUCCACUAUUCUGGUCGAACUAUCCUGCACAGACACCAAGGAGCUCCAGUACCUGCCUGGGGAACACAUUGGAGUUUUCCCUCAGAAUCAAGAAGCUCUCGUCAGUGCAUUGAUCAAAAGGCUCAAAGAGACACCGAGUUCUCACCAGUGUAUCCAAGUGGAGGUUAACAAUGGCAAUAGCAUCAAGGACUGGAAGGUGGACGAGAGAUUACCGGCUUGCAGUCUCUCGCAGGCUUUCACCCACUUUCUGGACAUCACCACCCCACCCGGCCCUCAGCUCCUGAAGAAGUUCGCCCAGUUAGCGACAGACGAGUCAGAGAAGAAUCGACUGCUAGAACUGAGCCAGAAUUCCCAGGAGUAUGAGAAAUGGAAAUCUUUUAACAAUCCCAACAUCCUGGAAGUCCUGGAGGAAUUUCAGUCCAUCCAAUGUCCUGCCUUGUUCCUCCUCACACAACUCAUGCUGCUGAAGCCCAGAUAUUACUCCAUCAGUUCAUCCUUAGAUAUGAACCCAGGAGAAAUCCAUCUGACAGUCGCUGUGGUCAACUACAGGACUAGAGAUGGCGAAGGCCCUAUGCACCAUGGCGUCUGCAGCACCUGGUUCAACACACUGGGAAAGGAUGAACUGGUUCCAUGUUACGUGCGCAGCACCGCGGGAUUCCACCUGCCAAAGAACCAAUCAAAGCCCUGCAUUCUGGUUGGCCCAGGAACAGGAAUUGCUCCAUAUCGAAGCUUCUGGCAACAGCGACAGUAUGACUCUGAGAAACGAGGAAUUAAAGCUGGUCCCAUGACUUUGGUGUUUGGCUGUCGGAACUCAGAGCUGGAUCAUAUUUACAAAGAAGAAACCCUUGCACUUAAAGAUAAAGGCAUCUUGAAGGGUGUUUACACAGCUUACUCCAGAGAGCCAGGCAAACAAAAGACAUACGUACAAGAUAUUCUUCGGGAGCAACUGGCCUCUGAAGUCUACAACAUACUGCAUGAAGGGAACGGGCACAUCUACAUCUGUGGUGAAAUCAAGAUGGCACAGGAUGUCACUGAAACUCUGAAAGGCAUCAUUGCUAAGCAGGGUGGCAUGAGCAUUGAGGAUGCUGAGGAAUUCCUCACAAAGCUGAAGAACCAGAAGCGAUAUCACGAAGACAUCUUUGGGGCAACAUUUCAGAAAUAAUGGUGCACCCCCAAUACGGAACCAAAAAGCACCAAAGAGACAAUUGUGCCAACUGAUACGAACAUUGAAGGAAAAUUUGCAUUAACAAGGCUUGACUCCUGUCCUGUGCUUAUUAUGUAUCUGCUGGCCAACGUAUGGACCAAAAUGAAUCAAAUUUUUAUUAUAACUUAUAGCAUUCAAUUUCAUAUUCGCUUUUACAAACACAAGUGGAAAUCUAAAGACUUUUAAAAAAAAAAUGCACUUUUACGUUUUAGUGAAGUUUUGAGAGAGUUUUUCUUUUCCUUUUUUAAGUUUGCAGUUGCUAAUUUCUGGAUAAUUCAGGAAAUCUGUGUUCCAGCAGAAGAUCAAAGACUUAAUAGUGUCAGAAACUGGUUUGGUCAGGGAAGCAUAUCAUUGGAAAAUGUCAAUCAAUGUCAGCCAUUUCAGUGUCAAUACUAAUCAAGCCAGAAAUAGAUUAUUUCCUGGUCCUUGACACUUUCCAAAAAUGGCUUUACAUGACAGCACCCCAAAAACAUUUGGAACAAACUAUUGUGACUUUGUUACAGAAACAGAUACUGUUCUUCUUAUUGAUUUUCUAUUUUCUGUGCCUUAAAUAAUAUCAUAGCAUUGCUGAACAUGAAUUUUGGGCAGCGCUUAUGAAAAGCUUACAAUUUAAGACCAAAAAUUCAAAUUAAGCCAGUGGAAGGCAGGUGAGUCUGAUACUUGUUUACAACAGCCAGAAUGUUGCAAGAAUUGGCUGGUGAAGUCAAGUUUUACUAUGCACUUUAAUGUAAGAACACAGUGUAAUCGAGAGGGCAAUAUCCAGUAUCGACUGACAGAUUGAGACUGGCAAAGAUUUAGGGUGAGAGUGGCAGCUGGCUGCUAUCUAUGUAACUAGCAUUUGAUAAAUUAUGAGGUUUAAUAAAAUUAUAUGAAUUGUUA